UCCUCGGGAGAUCAGAGCUUGUUCAAGUGUUAGGAGCAACCCAACUCAGAAUUCCCCACCUUUUUGGCAUCUGCUGCUCUCAUUCAACCCCAAAGACCCCGAACGAAGAAACGACUCAACGAGAGAGAAAAAGAAUAGAAAUAACCCAACAAAUUCGCAUUGUCUUUCAACUUCCAGCACUUGAGACCAGACCGGUCGUUGAUUUCGGUUCUCACUUCCCCCAUUCCCAUAGAACACGUUACAGCCCCUUCGUUAGACCAAUUCGCCGCAUUCCUUCACGUUAACCCUCUUUUUUUUUUUUUUUUUUUUUUUCUUUUAUCCCAUACACUUGGAAUUGGAAUGAUAUAUAAAGAAACAAGUUCAUAAAGAUUUGCCGUGAGAAUAAUUCCUUCUCUUCUUCUGCAAACUGAGGAACUACUUGCCUUCAUUUCUGAUAAAUUGCAUUAUAAGGUUCUAAUAUGAGUAGCAAUGAUCAAACUUCUGGUACUAGUCUCUACAUUAGGGCUUUAAUUUGCAACGCUGCUUCUGGUGCCGCUGCUGGGGCAAUAGCGGCUACAUUUGUGAGCCCAUUGGAUGUGAUCAAGACUAGGCUACAAGUUCAUGGCCUUCCUCACGGGCAGAAAGGCAGUAUCAUUAUAACAAGCUUGCAAAAUAUAGUAAGGAAUGAAGGUUUUAGGGGAAUGUACCGUGGCCUUUCACCAACAAUAGUGGCAUUACUUCCGAAUUGGGCAGUUUACUUCACAAGUUAUGAGCAACUAAAGGGUCUACUUCGUUCACGCGAUGGUUGCAACGAACUCACAACUAUUGGAAGUAUUAUAGCCGCUGCUGGUGCUGGUGCAGCAACAGCGAUUUCUACAAAUCCAUUGUGGGUUGUUAAGACAAGACUUCAAACACAAGGAAUGAGGCCUGAUGUUGUUCCUUACAAGAGUGUUCUUUCUGCUUUGACAAGGAUUACACAUGAGGAGGGCAUACGAGGCCUAUAUAGUGGCAUUGUUCCAUCAUUGGCUGGUGUAAGUCAUGUUGCAAUUCAAUUUCCAGCAUAUGAAAAGAUCAAGUCAUACAUUGCAGAAAAAGACAACACAACUGUUGACAAGCUAACUCCUGGGAGUGUUGCCGUUGCAUCAUCAAUUUCAAAAGUAUUUGCCUCUGUAAUGACUUAUCCACAUGAAGUAAUUCGAUCCCGGCUGCAAGAGCAAGGCCAAGCCAAAAAUAUUGGGGUUCAAUAUGCAGGGGUUAUUGACUGUACUAAGAAGGUGUUUCAAAAGGAAGGCAUUCCAGGCUUUUAUCGUGGUUGCGCAACCAAUCUAUUUAGAACAACUCCAUCUGCAGUUAUUACAUUCACUAGUUAUGAGAUGAUACACAGGUUUUUGGAGCGAGUUGUACCUCAGGACAAAGGGUAUCUGCAUGGCCUUUCUAAAGCCAAUGAACUUAACAAGCCCCAGCCAAAAGCUAGUGGCAGUGACACUGAUAGGGGGCAACCACCAUCUCAGUCUAACACGAAAGCUUCAUCAAUUCCUCAUGGAAACAAAGAGCAGCUAACAAGACAUUGAUGAUAAUGUUUUUUUAUUUUUUUUUGUCUUUCCUACAUUUAAUUUAUAGCUUAGUGGAUCUGAUUUUUUUUUUUUUUUGUCCGGCAUGCUAAUUGCUCAAUUUUACUAGAAUUGUGCAUUAUAUUAUAUUAGCAAAGAAAUAAAGGUGAAGAAGUGAAUAAGAAUAUGGUCAUGUUCUCAAGCAUAAUAAUGCAAUGGAGUAAAAUAAGUGUGAUUUCCAUUUGGCUAUGAAACUUGAUCUUGCUUGUGUA